CAGCUGCGGCGCCGCAGCGGCACCGCACGUCCAUUGCACGUCCACUGUGCUUACAUUUUUGUCCGUUGAUCCCACAGGAACGCUGCGGCGCCGCACGUCCUACUACGUUCCUUAGUACAUUGGUGUCAAUCGAGCAGUGCACACGUGCGGUCGAUUGCCGCAAAGUGAGAUGGCAGCAUCACGUGAAUUUGAAGAGAUAUUCGAUGUUGAACUCUUCAUCGCAGAAGUUAAAAGUUAUCCAGAGAUAUGGAACGUAGCCGUUGAAGAAUACCAUGACCGUAAUAAAAAAAGAAGUGCGUGGAUCAAUAUCUGCCGUAAAUUUUGCGAAUCGUUUGACGAAAAGGAUGACUAGGAAAAAAAAACGAAAUAUGUAAGUAUACAUUAUACUUUAUUUUAAUGAAUGCCUAUAAGCUAAUCUAUAUAAAUACAAAUAUGAAAGUAGUGUUUUAAUAAACGCACAGUAUUUCAGAACAGGCUGUAUGAUUAAAUACAUUUACAGAUGUAAAACACGUGAGUGAAUAUUUAACGUUAAUGUACGUGCAUAAUGUCAGGAUACAUGCUGAUGAAAUAUUAUGCGCUAACAAUAAUUCGUCAAAUGACUGGACACUCAUACGGAAAUAAUUAUGAAAUUUUUCUGCAUUGCAUCUCAGGUCUGAAAAACUUGUUACAAAUCUGCCUCUCAAGAGUCUUGAGUCGGUGAACGGAUGCACCCAAUGCUUUUUAGUUAUAUCCAAUAAACAUUUGUAUACAAGGUACAUAAAGAAUACCCGUUUACGUUUGUACACAUCCAUCUCGUUAGUCGGCAUCGUUCAGACUGUGCGGUAUUUGUCCGUACUGUGUGAAUGUGUUUCUGCGGCAACGUUGCGGCGCCGCAGCGGCGCCGCGCGGACAAUGUCCGCACGUGUGCACCGGGCCUAAUGAAGUCAUUAUGAGAACCAUAAUAAACGAUGUAUUGACGUAUAAAUAUCUUCUAACAAUCCAAUAUAAUUAUUGUAAUUCUACCACGUGUAAUCCAACGAAGUGAUAUAUUUUCACUGUAGUAAUCAAGAAUAUAAAAAAAAACCGUCACUUGAAUUCAUCACUUAGCCUGUACAGUUUAUUAUCACAUAAACUAUCAUCUAAAUGAUUACAAGGCAUAUGUUGGACAACAAGAAUUGCAAUAAAAAACCUAAGUUAUAAACAUGUUUACGUUUUAAACUUUGCUGUUUGAGAAGAAAAAAAAAGGAAAAAACUUUUUAUCUCAAUCCACGGUGUUUGGUCGACCUUAGCCGGGUGACGUCAAUAACCUCAAACGAGUGAACUAGACAUUGUAACAACUUAGCUUGCUCAUCCGGAGUCAUUCUGAAAGAGCGUAAACAGUGGAGCCGGCGUGACCUCCCGACCUCCCGACCUCGCGACCCGGCAGCACUACAUAAGCGGGCCGCUCCGCUCGCCCUCACUCCGCGCCAUGCUGCUGCCGCUGCUGCUGGGGCUGCUGCUGACGUCACAGGCCAGGGCUGCCUGCAGCGACCCUGCGGCCAAGGCCUCCCUGGACGAGGACAGGCUGCUGGGAAUGUGGUACACCGUGAAGCAGCCGAACAUAGCCGGGUCGAGCAGGAAUGGAGCCAAGUGUGUGCACAGCGUGUACAGUCGCGCCGAAGAUGGACAUCUCACGUCACUCGUCGCCAUAUACAACAUCUCAUCGCCAGUUUAUACGUCCGUCAGACUGCACAUGCACAAAGCUGUGGCGGGCUCCACGGACGGCAAGUACGACGUCCACAGCGAGGGAGAACACGGGACUCGUAACGGCAAGCUGUACGUAGUAGAUACCGACUACGACAACUAUGCCGUGCUAUGGGUUUGUAGCCAGGAUACCAGGAGAGAGGGAACUAACGAGAUGUACGUCCUGAACACACGUCAGCAGCAUCCCAGCGCCGAGUUGUUGGAGCAAGCAAACAGGGCGCUGCCUGCUGGUGACUACAGAAUUAGCCACCAGACUGACUGCCCGGCACAUGAGCACUAACUCCCCACUCCCAGUCUCGUUAAACACUCACUGACCUUCACACGAGCACUAGCCACUCCACUUACAAUCUAUUGGAACAUUCACUGGCUAUCACACAAUAAGAGAUUUCUCGUGCUUUUUUUUUUUUUUUGUAAA